AUGGGUGAUGCUUCCUCGCCUGCGCGGUCCGCUACUGCAACACCAGCUCCGUCUGCUUCAAUCUCACAGUCCGUCCCUCUACGAAUCAUCACCCACAACAUUCGCUAUGCCGCAGAUCCGCCUGAAGAAUCCGAACUCCGUUGGCCUGAUCGAUUUCCUAAGCUUUCAGCACAUUUCAAGUACCACACCCGGCCCCAAUUCACUCCGCCAUCAACCCUAGUUUGUAUGCAAGAGGUGCUGCAUCCGCAGCUGGAAGAUCUGUUGUGUAGCAGCUUCAAUUCCAACGUCACGCCUGAAGAGAAUGACUGGGACAGUGUUGGAGUAGGUCGUAAUGAUGGCAAACAGGGUGGCGAGUACUCGCCUAUCUUUUACCGGCGGUCUGCCUGGACACUAUUGCACUUCGACACCGUCUGGCUCAAUGAGACCCGUACGGUGGGCAAGAAGGGAUGGGAUGCUGCCAGCAUCCGGAUUCUAACCAUUGCCGUUUUGGAGUCCAAUUUACCUGACAGCAAAGGCAGAACGAUCCUGGCAAUGAACACUCAUCUUGAUGACUCCGGAGUCGUGGCGCGUCGAGAGGCCGCCAAAAUCAUCCUCCACGUCACCUCUACGUCGAAGGAACAAUUCCCAUCAAUCAGUUUCAUCUUCCUUGCGGGAGAUCUGAACUCUCCACCCAACGAUGACGCGUAUAAGCUGCUGAAUACGCGUGGGUCAGGUUUCAUUGACACUCGUCGGGUGGUUCUGGACGAGGACGUUUACGGGGAUGAAAAGACUUUUACCGGCUUCCCUCAGAAUGAAAAAGCAAAGGGGAAGUGGAGAAUCGAUUAUGUUCAUUUAGGCAUUAAAGACGACGGUGACGACAAUGAACUUGCAGCUGAGAAGGAAAAGGUCCGUGGAUGGGUGAAAGGCUAUGGAGUUCUUCCGAAUCGUUUUGAUGAUCGUGUAUGGAUGACGGACCAUCGUGCAGUGGUGGUUGAUCUCGUGGUCUGA